AUGCAUAUAAAGCAGGAGCGGCGGGCAGAGGGCACCUGCCGCGGGACCGGGCCCCUCCCGCCGCUCCGCACCGUUCCUGCCGAGGCGGCGGUGACCCCGAGCUCUGCUGCCAUGUGGCCGCUGGGGAGCCCCGUGGCGGUGUCGGCCGGCGAGGCGCUGCUGGCGGCCGCCGCCUUGUGCGCGGUGCUGCUGCUGCUGGUGCAGCGGCUGCGGGCGGCCGUGCCCGCGGGGCUGCGGCGGCCGCCGGGCCCGCGGGGCUUUCCCGUGCUGGGCAACGUGCUGGAGCUGCGCACGGACGCGCACCUGGCGCUGACGCGGCUGAGCCGGCGCUACGGGGACGUGAUGGAGGUGCGCAUCGGGACACGGCCCGUGCUGGUGCUCAGCGGGCUGGACACCAUCCGCCAAGCGCUGGUCAAGCAAGGAGAGGACUUCAUGGGGCGACCCGACCUCCACAGCUUUCGCUACAUCUCCAACGGGCAGAGCCUGGCGUUCAGCCCCGACUCCGGGGAGGUGUGGAAAGCGCGCAGGAGGCUGGCCCAGAGCGCCCUGAAGAGCUUCUCCACCGCGCCCAGCCCCACGUCGUCCUGCGGCUGCCUGCUGGAGGAGCACGUCUCCAAGGAGGCCGAGUACCUGGUCACCAAGUUCCUGCAGGUCAUGGAGGAGCACAAGAGCUUUGACCUCAACCAGUACCUGGUGGUGUCGGUGGCCAACGUCAUCUGUGCCAUGUGCUUUGGCAAGCGCUACGAGCACGAGGACCAGGAGCUGCUCAGGGUGGUGAACCUGGGCAAGGAGUUUGGGGAGGUGGCUGGGGGCAGCCACCCCGCCGACUUCAUCCCCCUGCUCCGCUACCUGCCCAGCCGCACCCUGGAGGCCUUCAAGGACAUCAACCGGCGCUUCAACACCUUCGUGCAGAAAAUUGUGCAGGAGCAUUACAGCACCUUUGACAAGGGUCACAUCCGGGACAUCACGGACUCGCUGAUUCAGCACUGCCAGGAGAACAGUGCUGGGGAGGAUGCCCACGUGAAGCUCUCCGACGAGAAGAUCAUCCACAUCGUCAACGACCUCUUUGGGGCAGGCUUUGACACCGUAACCACAGCCCUGUCCUGGAGCCUCAUGUACGUUGCCUUGUACCCCGACGUCCAGAAAAAGAUCCACGAGGAGCUGGACCGCACCAUCGGCCGCGAGCGGCGGCCGCGCCUCUCGGACCGGGGCACGCUGCCCUACACGGAGGCCUUCAUCCUGGAGAUGUUCAGGCAUUCUUCCUUCAUGCCCUUCACCAUCCCUCACAGCACAACAAAAGCAACAGUGUUGAAUGGCUACUACAUCCCCAAGGACACCUGCGUGUUCAUCAACCAGUGGCAAGUGAACCACGAUGAGGCGCUGUGGAAGGAGCCCUCAGCCUUCAGGCCCGAGCGGUUCCUGAGCGCCUCAGGGACGGAGCUGAACCGCGCCGAGGGUGAGAAGGUUCUGGCCUUCGGGCUGGGCCGGCGCCGCUGCCUCGGCGAGACCAUCGGCCGCUGGGAGAUCUUCCUCUUCCUCACCACGCUGCUGCAGCAGCUGCACUUCAGCCUGCGGCCCGGGGAGCCGGUGGACAUCACCCCAGAGUAUGGACUGACCAUGAAGUACAAGAAGUGUGAGGCCUUCCAGAUCCGGCAGCGGUUCCCUGAGAAGAGCUCUCUGUGA